CCUACCUAGGGUUUAAGACAAAAUCACCCCAAAUCCCUGGACUUUCUCUUCUUUCACUUCAUCAAAUUACUCUUCAAUCUUCAAUUUUUUCUUCACCAUUUUGCUGAAUUUAGGUAUAAUUCCAUAGUUUUCACUUCCAACAAUGCCAAAAAAGAGUAAUUUGAAGAAGCCUAAACCAGUGGAAGUAGCAGCAGCUGCUGUUGUAGAAAAGGAGAAACCAAUUUCUUCAUCCAAACCCAAAAAGCCAGGCAGUGAAAUCGACGAUAUAUUUGCCGGAAAAAAGAGGAAGAAACCGGAAUUACAAGAAAAAUCAACUGGAGUUGCUGUUACAGAGCCGAAAAAGGUGAAGAAAAGCAAGGAAACAAGUAGUAGGAUUCCGAAAGAUAAUGUGUUAUCUGAGCCACGAAGUCGGUCGAGGAAGAAAACGGCAGAUGGGUUUACUUUAUACACAGAAGAGGAGUUGGGUUUUGGGAGGUCUAAUGCUGGAGGUACUUCACUUUGCCCUUUUGAUUGUGACUGUUGUUUUUAGUGAAUUUUGAAAGGAUUGUUUGAUAUUGAAGGAAUUGUAUCAGUUUUGUAGUGAAUUUGUAGUAGUAUAUGUCUGUUUUGAGGAUGAAGUUUUGUUCUUUUAACUGACUGGUGUAAGUUGUAACAGUUUUAUUUGAAUGCAUGAGGAAUUUUGUUUAUA